UCUCUCCUGAGCUGCUGCCUCGGUCGGUCUCUCAUUCUUCUCGGGAGUCUCUAGGUGGAAACAUGUGUUCAGCAAGUACGCCGGGCAGCGGCAGCCUCUGCUUCACCCUGCUGGUUCUCACACUCACCAUCCCAGGCAUAAUUGGCGGUGUUCAAGUUUCUAUACCACCUGUGGUGGAAGCAGAGAUUGGAAAGCCCAUCAGCAUACCAUGUGUUCCCGAGAUAUCCACUCCAAGCACUAUGAAAUAUGUCCAAUGGUUUGUUAUGGAGAAGAAUACUCGGCAACGAAUCUAUUUCCAAGAUGAAGAAAACAGAAUUAUUAACAAUAACACUGAUUACACUGAUCGAAUCAAUGUGGAUAAGAGCUACACUCUGACCAUUGACAAUGUUGAGCUUCAAGAUGAGCGGACAUUUUGUUGCCAAGUUGGUGCUGGUCCAGCAGGCAAUGGUGAAGCCACAACAGAGCUGAAGGUUUAUGGUGCACCAGAAAGACCUGAGAUACGGCCAAGUAAUAACCUCAUAUCAGUCAUGAAAACAGAACCAUCAAAGAUUGCCACAUGUCAGACUAGGAAUGGUUAUCCUGCUCCCAACAUAACAUGGUACAAGGAUCGCACCCCAUUGCAAGCUACCACCAAGAUAAACAACAAGAUGUAUAUGAUUUCUCAGGCCACAAAGGAGCCCAGUGGACUUUAUACCAUCGCUAGCACACUUUAUUAUAUGCCUGAGAAGAAGGACAAAGAUUCUAAAUUUUUUUGUGAGGUAAACUACAGGAUGCCACCAGGAUUAGACAAAAUGGAGUCUAAUAGGAUCAAGAUCCAAAUAUCCUAUCCAACAGAAAAUGUGGAAUUUCAGCACUUGCCCAAAGUAUUGAAGGAGACAGAUAAUGUGACCCUAAUGUGCAACUCCGAUGGCUCAUCUUCUGUUGAAUACACCUUUUACAGAGUGCAGGGUGGACAAGAAGAGGAGAUCCUUGCAAGUGGCACUGACAACACCUUCGAACUUGUUGGAGUGAAACGAAAUGAGAGUGGUGUUUAUGGCUGUAGAGUGCUGGACUUUGAUGCAGAUGACACGGAUUUUGAUGCAAACAAGACAAUAACAAUCAAUUAUCUGGAUCCAAUUGCACUGAAACCAAAAGGACCAUAUAUUUUUAAGGAGGGUGACAAAAAUAAAAGCAUCUAUUGUAGCGCAGAGGGAUCACAACAGACAUCUGUGAUUUGGAAAAAACACAAGAAGAUAGUCGGUUCUGCAAAUCUUCUUCAACUACCUGUGGUCACAUCUGAUGAUUCUGGAAACUACACCUGUGAAGUUACAAUCAGGGAUGUUACAAAUCUGCAUCGAAAAAAGUCCAUCAGAGUUACAGUCGAAGGACCACCUAAAGUCAACUGUACAGAGAAGAUAUUACACAAAGGUCAACAUUAUGUCAACUUAACUUGUACUUUCAAAGGCUAUCCAACACCAAACAUUACAUGUAGCUUUGGAAAGGAGGUCCAGGCCAUAAGAAAGCGCCAGCUGACGAAUCACAUUGUUAUCAGUGAGUUGAUUCUACCACUUCCUGCAGAGGCACUGAAUGUGACUUGUACUGGCAGCAACAAACAUGGGAGUAAGACUCUCAACUCCAUACUACACAGAGAGUCACUGGCAAUUUCAACAAAAGGGCCUCCUAUUGCUGAGUCAAUGGCAGUUUCUACGAAAGGGCCUCCUAUUGCCGGGAAGACUCAGAGAGGGAGCAGUGGUGGAAUGUUGAUAGUCAUCAUCAUUGUGUGCAUCAUUCUUCUUGCCUUCCUGGGUGCUGUCCUGUACUUCCUGUACAAAAAGGGAAAGAUCCCCUGUGGCCGUUCAGGGAAACAAGACAUCACACGGACAGAUGCUCAUGACGAUGUUGUUGUGGAAGUUAAAAAUGACCAGAAGGCUCCAGAAGAGACAGUGCUUCUACAAGGCGUUAAUGGAGAGAAAAAGUUGCCCACUGACCAGUGAAGAGAGAUGAAGCAAUAUGCAAACCAGUGGAAUGAAGACAAGUAACCACAGUGCUCCCAGCCGAACCAGACCACACGGAUUAUGACAGUGACAUGAAUUGUCUAUGCCUUUAGAAACGCUGCACAUGCUCCUACACUGAAGCAGUUUCAACAAUGCUGGAGCCUUUCUUUCACUGGAAACCACUGAACACUUUACUGAAAUGACCAUAUGGCCUGUUGAUCCCACUAAUAUUUCCACUGUCAAACUGGUUCCUGAUGUUAUUAUUUCUGUUUGAUCUCUGCAAUUGCAUAUUACCUCUUAGCUGUAUAUUUCUGCUCAAGUUAUAUAUUGUCACAUCGGCAGUUACAGAGUACAAAUUGCCUGUCCAGGCUUCAACCCCUUAACACAAUUGAAAAGAAAUUUCAUGUCACUUUUCUUUACAAUUCUUAGAAAUUCCAAUUAAACACAGCAAUUUAUAAUUUAACAUUUUAAACAAGAAUGUAUAUUAAAAAGCAUCCAGAUUACAACGUGUUGUUCCAAGAGGAAAUUCUCAGGACUGUGCUAGCAUGGUUCUAACUAGUUGCAGACAGGUUUUUGCGUAAGACACAACUAACGAAAUGACACAAGUCAUGGUGUGUAAUUGACAUUAGGAAACAUGAUGUGGCACAUUUGUACAUAUUUUAAUCAAUAUCCCCACCUCUAGUCAGGAGAAUUAGUUAUGUGUUCAAAAAGUAUUUUUGUAGAUGUCAGCUGCAGUCUGUACUUAGCACUCAUUCGGCUAGACGAACUUCAGUCAGUGAUAUAGAGCAAUAGGGUUACGAGUAAGCAGGGGUUUUAAUUCUCAGUUCUUUGCAAUAGAAACACGAGCAUUAGUAAGAUCAGGAAUCUUUCAGUCAAUCAACAGAAUCCAAAAAUUGUUUGUUUGAAUGGAUUUUCUGUUGGAAAUGCUGAACACAUAUUGAAAAUGAUAUUUACUCUCUGCUAAGCCCAAACCAAAUGCACUGCACUAUAGGUAAUUUUAACUACACUUCAACAUCAGUAGUUCUCCCCUAAAUGAAGCUUCCAAAAAUAAUGAUUUGGUUGCAGUGCAGAAUUUACACCAUCACCAAACCUUCAUUCAGUUACAAGCGCAAGUCCUCACCAACGUAGAACCGUGGUUUCUUUCUGGUAGGACACAUGCUCCAUUGAAAAUAAUCCCAAUUCAUUUUCAAAUUAGUGAUCUGUUUUCCCUUUCAUGAUCACUUCGUCUGUAAAAAUGUAAAGGAAACAUCAUGUUUAUUGUUGGAUAAACUGCUGACUAGGAAAGCAUAUACUUUCCUCUAUGACAAUGAAGUUAAAAGAAUGCUAGCUUCUGUUUCUCACUCCACUGUUCUGGUGAGUAUUUCCAGCAUUCUGUGUUUGUAAUUGCCGUGAGGGAGCAGAAUGCAUGGGGUGUGGAAUGGAAAUUCUCCUUUUUAACCUUCAGGAUAUGUUUCUGCAAACUUGGGAGCUCAGCCAGCUCCACACCAAAGCACCAAGGCUAGAUGAUUGCAUUCUGUCCAGUUGCCUAUAAGCCUGGGUGUUGGUUCUUAGUGUAGUUUAUAAAGAAUUUGCAUGUUGUUAAAUCAGAGGACACCUUUUAGUCCUGUUUCUUCUGCAGGCUGUGUCUGCAGCAGUCAACACCACUGAAAAGUCUCUCAGCCUUCAACUUGCCCACUUGCAGAACAAUUUGGCUUACUUUAUAUUUUGCAAAUACUGACUUUUUUUAAGCUAAUUGACAUGAGCGGCAACAUUAAAAGCAGCAACUAACAAAAGUCUCACUCAGUGGCCAAGGCAUUGGCCUGUAGUUAGAUUGCAUGAAAUGUUAGACCCUAGUGCACAGAAAGGGCAAUGUUUCCUGUCACAUGCUUGGUGUAUAGCUCAAACUGUAGAAAGUUAAAUUACCAGAAUUUUUUUAUUUGCAGGGCUAAGUUGUUGAGUGGUGUGGGAAAUUAAAUGUGGGAAUAAUUUCCUUUAAAGGUCUGACAGAUCGGCACAACAUCGAGGGCUGAAGGUCCUGUACUGUGCUGUUAUGUUCUACGUUAAAGAUUUUGUUUGUGAAGGAUAUGGGUUCCUGAGAACUUUAGAGUUUUGGUUUAUCUUUCUGAUAAUCCCAGCACUGCUCAUCUCUGGUACUGAGCGCAUCAUACAAGUCAGAAGAUCCCAGUUUAAAUGAAGACCAGUUACUAUUCUACAACUUCUAAUAUUAAUUCAUUUAUUGGUUAUAGUGAUCUGCAUUUCCCCACCAUGCAGAUUACUGCAUUUCAAUUGCUUCCUUUCCUGCCCAUAUUUGAGACCUUUUGAGUGCAGUCAAUGGAAAACCCACACACAACUUCUUCAUUAUCUGAAUGAAUAGUAGGUGGGAAAGAAAAUAAAAACAAGUGCCGGCAAAACACUUUCUGCACAAGUGUUGUCAGACUUGUGGCAUUUCUCUAACACUUUCUAUUUUUAUUUUAGAUCUCCAGCAUCUGCAAUACUCUUAUUGAAUGACGGGAAUCUUUACUAAGGUCCUCAAAUGGUGAUCAGAGCAUCACAAAAAUCUAAGACCCCUCUCUAAGAAGCUGGUCUGACUGCCAAAAGUUUAAUAUUGCAUUUGAGGAUGAAAGAAAGCAUUAUAAUGAUGUAGUGCAUCACUGUAGAAUGAGCUGUGUCUCACUCACACUGCCAUUGCUGCAGUUAAUUGGUCAUCUCUGACUCAUGCGGAAGGGAGGCCUGUAAGCAUAUUAACACGUGGCUGUGCUAAAGUUACUUGCUUGUUUGCCAUUUAUGUUGAAAUUUUAACAACAUUGCGACAGAGGCUGAGGCUGUGGCUGGAUGUUUUAAAAUACGCAAAAUUAAUUAGUUAAAAUUAUAUUGUACACCGAUUUGAACUGUUGCAGAGUUAGUGUAAUGCCACAGAAAGUGUUUCAUGUAAAUAGAGUGAAGCCCAUUAACAAGAAAGCAACUUUUUGUUCAAAUGAUGUUGGGACUAGACUAGUUAAAAGAUGUGGCCAGCUGGGUAGGCAGCUCUUGCAGUCAAUGAAACAACAGUAGUUACACCAUUCUUGAGUGAGUGGCUGAAUAUACUGACAGACAUUACCAAAUACUACCCACCAUGGCAGAGUCCCUAACUGAUGAAAAUAGCAUGCCCACGACCUCAGAGGUCUGCAAUCACCUCAGUCUUUCAGAGCUCAAGGUUUUUUGUUUCUAUUUGUGUCACUCGCUAGGCCAGCAUUUACUGUCCAUCCCUAGCUGCCCAGAUGUUAAUUAAGUGUCAGUCACAUUGCUGUGGGUCCAGAGUCACAUGAAGGCCCGAGCAGGCAAGGUCAGUCAGGGUGACAGUUUGCUUCUCUAAAUGGACAUUAGUGAACUGGGUAUGUUUUUCUGACAUUCAGCAAUGGUUUCAUCAUCAUCACUAGACUUGUUAUUCCAGAUUAUUUUUAUUGAAUUCAAAUUUCAUUAUGUGGGUCUCUGGAUUAAUAGUCUAGUGAUAAUAGCACUAGGCCAUUUUCUCCCCAACUGAAAAAAAAACAUUUCCUUCUCUAUUGGGUCAGUUCAUCAUUGGGCCUAAAAUUCACAGCCUGAUGUUGGAGCCUUACUUUUGGCUUGAAACUACUGACAACAGUAAUUAAGGUAUUAAGCACAACUAAGUAUUUCUGUACAUUAUUUUGUACAACAUCAGUUCUGCACAGAUAAGAGUUAAUGAAGCUACCAUUACUGACUCACAGUGUAUAUACAAGUUGCUCUAAACUACACUUUCGAGGCUCCUCUGCGAGUACAUGACCAGUGUCAGGAUCUGUCAUGCGUCCUGCACAGCCUCAUUCCAUUGAAGUACUUUGUCUUAUGUAAAUUUGAAAUAAAAACUGUGACUGACUUUUUUAUGACUUGCAAAGAAAAUGCUAAAUAAAGUAAUGUUGCAAAUACCUGA